GUUGUAUUUUUUCGAAUUCUGUUUGAAAAAACAUUUCUGAUCUGUGUUGAAAUGUGUAAAUUUGAUUGAGCUUUUCUUGUCCUUAAAUUUUAUUUGUCAGACUUUAUCGAACUCCAUACAAUUGACUGCUGAACUCUGUUUCAUGGUAAAAUAUUAGUGGCAGGACGAUUUCUCGAUGAAGAAGCUAAAUAUUAACAAGGCAUGUCACGGUCCAGAUCUUUCCUCAAUUUCUGCAUUGCCUGCUGGGCUUGACAAUUCAAGGCAUGUAAAUACUCUUCGAACGAGAUUGGAUGGUCGAAGUGCUCCAGCCGCACAAACUUUCAACAACAGGCAUAUUCCCCCAAUGCGAAGCUCUUAUCCUCCACUGAAUUCCCAGAGUCAGCAAUCUUUUUCGCAAGUAUCUCAAAAUACACUACUUUCUCAGAACUCACAAGAAGAGAUCAUCCCAAAUGAUCAGUGGAGAUAUGGCUCACAAGAACGAGAAAAUUCGCUUAAAAGAACUUCAUGCUUUGUACCAUUUUCGCAUGGUAGCAGCAGAGACGAGUGUUCUCAAGUACUUUCUUUAGCGAGGCCUUCUAGUGCCAAUAAUAUGAUCCAGAGAAUCAAUCAUGGAUCAUAUCCAGACCGUAUUUCAGAAGAGCUUGAGCAGAGGCUUAGCAACGUUGAUACGGCUCUGAAUAGAGUUGUGCUAGUUUUGAACUCUGUUCAGAGUGACUUGCAGCAAGUAAACAAAGCAGUGAAAGAAGUUUCUCUUCAAACUGAAAGUAUACGACAAACAAUUGUUGUUCAAGAAAGUACCCUGCAGCAACUGAUAAAGGAAGAGGAAGGGACCAAAGAUAGCUUGCUCGACAACCUGAAGAACAUAUCUGAUCGAAUAAUUGAAGAGUCAAGCAAGCCUAGGCUGGAUAGCAUCUCUGAUGCUCUCCAGAUGAUCCCCAAAACAAUGAAAGAGAGUUUAUCUGCAGUACAAUCAGAAAUAUGCCUCACCUUUACCAAAAACUUGCAGGAUAUAAGUCAAAGGUUGAAGGAAAGAGAGAAGGAGUAUGAAUCUGCAAAACAGAUUGCAUCGCAGCCUAGUGAAACUUUCAUAAAUGUCAGAUCCCAAAGUGAACACUUUCAGAAAGAAUAUCACAAACCCAGCUCCUACAAUGUAAUGCAUUCUAAAAUUCUUAAGAAACCAAAGACAAAAAUAUACCAGAUUCCAAAGACACAACCUAUAAUAGAGAAUUCAUUACGUACUGGUAAGGUUAUCAAUCACUACCAGCCUUUCAACAACACAUGUGCCAGGAGGACCUGGAAAAGGGAGAAUAUAAAGGAUGAGCAAGAUAUUCCUUGCAGUGACAAACAGGUUACACAGAAAUUAAAGAUGUCGGAAAUCCUUAUCAACAUGGAGGAUGAUGAUGAAGAGAGACUUUUGUAUUUCAUGAAAAAAGAAGGAAUGGCCAGGAAUGUACAUUUUCUUGAUGACCCAUGCAAAGGCCCUCAAAGGCAAAGAAACCCUUAUGAGGAAGAUGAAGAAGAAACUAGAAAAAUGUUGAAGAGGGCAAGGAGGAAGAGAAGAAACAAAGAUUUAUGUAACUUCAAUUUUAGCCCUGACAGUAGUAGUGAUUAUUAGUUAAGUAAAAAUGAGUACAUUUCAGUGAUGAUCAUAUCACUAAAAUGUGACAAUUACUUGCAAAAUUUAUACAUCACCACUCUUGUAGGCCAAAUCAAUGCCUUUGAUUUGCAUGCAUUCUGUCUAACCUACAGAAACUCUUGCAUAUAAAUACAGCUUUCAUUCCAAUCGCCAGAAAAGUUUAUAAAGUGGAAUUCCUUCUUAUUUUGGAAUA